UCAAAAUCUCUCAAUCACAACAUCAUCCAAAUCCCAAACAUUUUCAAAGAAAUCUUCAUCUCUAGUCUCUACCACACCAUGUAUUCUACUACUUCUUCCCUCAAGUUCCUCUCAUUGCUCAUCUUUGCAUUUGCCAUUGUGCAAAUAACAAGAGCUGGUGACCCUGACAUUCUGUCAGACUUCAUAGUCCCUCCAAAUGUGAUACCAGAUGGAAACUUCUUCACCAACACAAACUUCCGUGUCAUUGUUCCACCAAACCAACCACCAUCAACUUUCAAAGUUCUGAAGGCAAGCAAAGCAGAGUUUCCAGCACUAGAUGGACAGAGUGUCUCAUAUGCUGUUCUUCAAUUCCCAGCUGGGAGCAUCAACCCGCCACACACUCAUCCUCGCUCCGCCGAGCUUCUCUUAGUUGCUGGCGGUUCCCUUCAAGUAGGGUUUGUGGACACUACCAAUAAACUCUUCACUCAGAACCUUCAAGCUGGGGACAUGUUCAUAUUCCCAAAGGGACUUGUGCACUUUCAACACAAUGCUGAUGCUAACAACCCUGCUAUGGCUAUAUCUGCAUUUGGAAGUGCCAGUGCUGGGACUGUGGUAAUUCCUAGCACCUUGUUUAACACCACCAUUGACGACAAUGUCUUGGCUUUGGCAUUCAAGACUAAUGUUUCUACCAUUCAAGCUUUGAAGAAAGGAUUUGCUCCUUAAAAGCCUCAAGGUUUCUUAAUGCAUCUGUUGGUAUCUGAUUUGUUUCUUCUUGUUUUCUCUGUUUUGUAAUUUUCAUUCAAUUGUGUUCCAUACAUCCAAAAUAAGCUUGUUGUAGCAUCCAAAAGCAGUGGCACAUUUUAUGGGCCUAAAGCUUGGAGAUAAAUAAGUUGUUUUGAUUUAUGCUUCA